AUGACAGAUAGCAUCGUGUCCUGGGGGUUUUAUCCAAAUCUUUCAGGGUCUCUCCCAGGCAAAAGCUUCGAACAACUUUCAUCAAUGGCGUCUUCACUCUGCACUUACCACACUAAUAUAAUUCCCCACUACACUUCCACAAAGACCAAGAACAAUUUCCUCCAUACCAAUUUCAAGCACCUCUUCUCUUCCCUUUUGGGUUCUCCUUCAUCCAUUACCAGCCUCUCUUCAAGCUCCAAAUUUUCUCUCAGAUUCCUCCAACCCAUGCAGCCCCAGCUUAUAAAUUCUCCCGCCAGGCGUCUCGGUAUCGUUGCGAUGGCUCCUCCUAAGGCCAAACCCGGAGGCAAAGCCAAGAAAGUGGUUGGAUUGAUAAAGCUUGCCCUUGAGGCCGGGAAGGCCACUCCGGCGCCGCCAGUUGGGCCGGCGCUAGGUGCUAAGGGGGUCAAUAUCAUGGCUUUCUGUAAGGAUUACAAUGCCAAGACAGCUGACAAGGCCGGUUAUGUCAUUCCUGUUGAAAUUACAGUCUAUGAUGAUAAGAGCUUUACUUUUAUACUAAAGACUCCACCAGCUUCGGUUCUGCUUCUUAAAGCCGCAGGAGUGGAGAAAGGUUCAAAAGAUCCACAGUUGGAGAAAGUGGGGAAGAUUACCAUUGAGCAAUUGAAAACAAUUGCUGCUGAAAAGCUACCUGACUUGAACUGCACAACCAUUGAAUCAGCCAUGAGAAUCAUAGCAGGCACUGCAGCUAAUAUGGGAAUUGAAGUUGAUCCUCCAAUUCUUGAACGCAAGAAGAAGGAAGUUCUCUAGUCACUACUAGUUUCUAGUCUCCUUGUUGCUGUUAUUAUUUUUUUCAAUCCUAUUAGGACCUCACAGUGAGUGUGCAAAGAAGACUUAAUAAAAUUCAGUGUUUAAUAUGAUAUUCCUACAAUUUUUUCUUUCUUUCUCCUUAUUGGGUGUAAAUGUUUCUUCAUAAUUAAUGAUUAGAAUUUCUGAGGAA